UGCUGGCUCUUUGCAAAGCAGCUGUUUUGGGUUUGAAAUUCCAACAUGGCAGAGGCUGCAGUCCGUCUUCCUUUCCAAAACUUGGAAUGAUUUCAAAUCGGAGGCACCUUCGCUUCACCCGGUCCCCCAUUCAUCUGCGCUCGGAGAGGAUCGAUACGGCUCCAACCCACCGGGCUUCCCCACCGAUCCUCCAGAUCCCCUUUUUGUUGAUGUUGCUUUCCCACUUAAUUAUAUGCAUGUAGGUUAAAUGAAUACCUGACGAAAGGGCCCACGUUUCAAGGCAGUGACAUUUGAUAGCUGAGAGGAAAAGUGGCUUUAAUGAAAAGCAACCUUUGGAAUUCCUGCUUGUGAGGAGGAGGAGGAGGAGAAGAAGAAGAAGAAGAAGAGGGGGAAAAAAUCCAAUUCAGCUUUUUUUGUGUGUUGCCAGCAAGAAAUGAUCAGCAGCACCAGUGUUUAUGCAACUCUGGAAGAAAUCUAUCUCUUACAGAGCGGGUUAUGGGGCAGCGAAAGAGGCUUGAAGAUGCAGUGGACGCCAGAGCAUGCCCAGUGGCCAGAGCAGCACUUUGAUAUCACUUCAACGACGCGGUCUCCUGCCCACAAGGUAGAAGCUUACCGUGGACACCUGCAGCGCACCUACCAGUAUGCUUGGGCUAAUGAUGACAUCUCUGCUCUAACUGCCUCAAAUCUGCUUAAAAAAUAUGCAGAAAAAUAUUCUGGCAUUUUGGAGGGGCCAGCCGAACGGCCCUUGCUGAGUAACUAUUCAGAGCCUCCGCCGGGGCUGGUGAAUGGGCGCAAGAGUGAGAGUGAACCCUGGCAGCCUUCCCUGAACUCUGAGGGUGUCUACCCUAUGAACUGUGUUCCCGAUGUUAUUACUGCCAGCAAAGCUGGAGUAAGUACUGCCCUCCCGCCAGCAGAUGUCUCUGCCAGUAUAGGGAGUUCACCUGGGGUGGCCAGUAACCUGACAGAACCUAGCUAUUCUAGUAGUACCUGUGGAAGUCAUACUGUACCUAGUCUGCAUUCAGGGCUCCCAUCUCAGGAAUAUGCCACGGGAUACAAUGGAUCUUACUUGCAUACGAGUUACAGUGGCCAGACAGCACCUGCACUUCCCUCGCCUCACCCAUCCCCACUGCAUAGUUCUGGCCUGUUACAGCCGCCCCCGCCGCCCCCUCCCCCACCAGCCCUAGUGCCAGGCUACAAUGGGACCUCUAACCUUUCCAGUUAUACCUAUCCAUCUGCCAGUUAUCCCCCUCAAAGUGCCGUUGGGCCUGGCUAUAGCCCUGGCGGUGCCCCUCCUCCCUCAGCAUAUCUGCCGUCAGGAAUUCCUGCCCCAACUCCUCUUCCCCCUACCACAGUACCUGGUUACACCUACCAGGGUCACGGCUUAACACCCCUUGCCCCGUCUGCCCUGACCAACAGUUCAGCCAGUUCUCUCAAAAGGAAAGCUUUCUACAUGGCAGGACAAGGAGAGAUGGACUCUAGUUAUGGAAAUUACAGCUAUGGCCAACAGAGAUCUACACAAAGUCCCAUGUACAGGAUGCCUGACAACAGCAUUUCAAAUGCCAACAGAGGGAAUGGCUUUGACAGAAAUGCUGAGCCGUCGUCCUUAGCAUUUAAGCCAACAAAGCAGAUAAUGGCUUCUGAACAGCAAAGGAAAUUCAGCCAGUCCAGCCGGGCUCUGACGCCCCCUUCUUACAGCAGUACUAAAAAUUCACUUGGGUCGAGGGCAAGUGAACCGUUUGGGAAGUACAGCUCCCCAGUCAUGAACGAACACAGUGACGAACAUAGGCAGCUCCUUCCCCACCCGAUGCAAGGCCCGGGACUUCGUGCAGCUACCUCAUCCAGCCACUCUGUGGACGAGCAACUGAAGAAUACUGACGCGCACCUCAUUGACCUGGUAACCAAUGAGAUUAUCAACCAAGGACCUCCUGUGGACUGGAAUGACAUUGCUGGUCUAGAUUUGGUAAAGGCUGUCAUUAAAGAGGAGGUUUUAUGGCCAGUAUUGAGGUCAGAUGCGUUCAAUGGGCUGACUGCUCUACCUCGGAGCAUCCUUUUCUUUGGACCUCGGGGAACAGGCAAAACAUUAAUGGGCCGAUGUAUAGCUAGCCAGCUGGGAGCCACAUUUUUCAAAAUCACCGGCUCUGGUCUUGUCACAAAGUGGUUAGGGGAAGGAGAACAAAUUGUUCAUGCCUCCUUCCUGGUGGCAAGGUGUCGCCAGCCCUCCGUGAUUUUUGUCAGUGACAUUGAUGUGCUCCUUUCGUCCCAAGUGAAUGAAGAACACAGUCCAGUAUGUCGGAUGAGAACCGAGUUCCUUAUGCAGCUGGACACUGUGCUAACCUCUGCUGAGGACCAAAUAGUAGUAAUUUGUGCCACCAGUAAACCGGAAGAAAUAGAUGAAUCUCUUCGAAGGUACUUCAUGAAACGACUUUUAAUCCCACUUCCUGACAGCACAGCGAGGCACCAGAUAAUAGUACAACUGCUCUCACAGCACAAUUACUGUCUCAAUGACAAGGAGGUUGCACUGCUUGUCCAGCGUACAGAAGGCUUUUCGGGACUAGAUGUUGCUCAUUUGUGUCAGGAAGCGGUAGUCGGCCCGCUCCAUGCCAUGCCAGCCACAGACCUAUCAGCCAUUAUGCCCAGCCAGCUGAGGCCUGUUACAUAUCAAGACUUUGAAAAUGCUUUCUGCAAGAUUCAGCCAAGCAUAUCUCAAAAGGAGCUCGAUACAUACAUUGAAUGGAACAAAAUGUUUGGUUGCAGUCAGUGACACUUUUUUAAAAAAAACAAAUGUAAUGAAUGUUGGUGCGCGUGCACACACACACAUAUAUAUAUACAUAGACACACACCUGUUACAUAGGGCACGGAGCCCUUUUCAGUAGUGUUAAAAUUGUGAAAGGGUACUGGGGGUAAAAACAGUGAUCACCUUGCACCUAAAGAGCCCAGUGUAAGCUUGAAGGAAUAGUGCAUCAGACAAGAGCUGUUGAUCUGGAAAGUCACAGAUGACAGAAAGCAUCUGUUGAUGCUCCGUUCUGUUCAGGCUAGACGACACACUCUCAGCAUGGAGCAAGGAGCCAAGUGGGUUGAUUUUUAGAUGGACAUGAACCCUGUGUGUUGAUUCCAUUCUGCUGUUCUUGAGAUUUAGUUGCUGUCAAGUGCCUGAAGUGGUGCUUUUAUUUUAUUUUUUUUCUUUAUUUUAUUUUUUGUUUGCCUCACAAUGACAUUGGUGGCAUGUGCUAAUAUAAAGAGCUUUAACUUCAAAAUGUUAUGGGACUAAAGAAAGGAAUGGUUGUGUUGCGACAGAGAACCAGGUUGUAAUUUUUUUGUUUGUUUGUUUGCUUUUGUUUUUGUUUGUGGCUAGUCUGAGAGCAACAGUAUUCCUCAAUCCUGUCUGUUCUGAAGUAUUAAACCGAGAACAGGUAAAACAGGGUCAUGGUAAUCUGGACCUUAAUUUCUGCAGUUCAUUUGUUUUAAUGUUCUGUCCGCAAAAGAAAAAAAAAGAAAAAGAAAAAAGAAAAAAAACUCAGGAAAGUGAUUGUGAUUUGUACAGUACCUCAAAGGAAUGUGUUGAAAGCACUAUGUACUGCUGAGAGUUAAUAGGCUAGGCUUCAAUGUUACUUUAUAUUAAAUAUGUAUGUUUACCUCAACUGUUGGAAAAAAAAAUAACAAGGAGAAAUACUUUGAAUGUAUCCAGGAGCAAGCUGAAGUGUGCUAUAAAUUAAUCUUUAAACCAUUUGAAAUAGAAACAGAGGGGGUAUCCCAAUUUUUAAGAAAUGGUUCUUUUAAAAAGAUUGGGAUCAGAAGACAGCAAGAGAAUUUUUGUGGCAGUAGUGUGUGAAAGUCCUUAGUCCUUGACAAUUUUGUGACAAGUGCACAGACAAUAAGAAAGCCACCCUGUCGAAUUACAUCAUCAUCUGGGACAGUCAAAGGCAACAUCUAGUUAGGACUCUGAGAGGCAAAUUACCUGAGACUCCAACUGCUUUUAUAUCUUGGUCAGAGCUGUAGUGUCCUGAUUAUUUCAUUGAGUCAGUAGAACAAAAUCAUUCUAGGUCACUGAUAGAGCUUAUAAGUUGCAGCGCUGUUUACAGCAAUGCAGUAGACAGUGAAACACGGAAAGAGCAAGGGAAAAAAACGAACCUUUAAAAUGGAUUCGUGCUUUUCAACCUCCCAUUUUCCACACACAAAUAAAAAGUCCUUCAUUUAUUUUCAUGUAUGCAUUUCUUCUUCUACUAUAAUCAUUCCCAUGUUCAUUAGGAAUGUUGCAAGCGGUGUCCACCCUUCUAUUCCUACCUCAGCUUUUGUUCCAUUUCUCUGAGAAAGCAAAGACUAGGCCACUAGACGGCAUCCCGGAUGCCAAUCUGUUUAAUGAUUUACCAGUGCAAUCCUGCACAUGCUCUCUCAGAAUUUCAUUGUAUUUUGUCCAGUGAACCUGGUAUGUAUGUUCAGGAUUACAACUUGAGAGAAGCUGGGAAGGAGAGGGAAGAAAGGAAGGAUCCUUCUCUUGGGGGGGAAGCCUCUUUCCUCUUCUGCCCAUUGCGAAGCAAGGACAAACAUUGUCGAGUCUUCCUUCUGGAAAGACAGGCUGUCAAGAAUGUGUGGCAUUUUGUUCACUUGGUGUCCCCAUUGUACCUGGUCUUUCUUUUUAUUCCUUAAUGUCUCUUCAUGACAGCUGACUUGUGUUGUCAAUAUCUCUGCACCCUGUAGAAACCCAAGCCUUUGCACGAGCAGAACAAUCUCCUUUUUUAUCGUAAUUUUUGUUUGCUUUAAGAAAGUAGCAGAACAUUGGCAAAUCACUAGCAUUUAAUGUUACUUUUAAGUAAGAUACCUUCAAAAACAUGAAAUAAAUGCAUUGAAAUCCUAAACAGAAAAAAAAAUCAGCUAACUGGCUAUUUGUGUCUUUAAGACUACUGUCCAGUUAUCUCACUUGACAUUUAUUCAGCUGAAACAUUAGGGAUAAGAAAGUUAACAAUGAGUGGUUGGCUGGCAUUUUCUUUCUGAUUACCCUUUCCAUUUUAAUUUCUUAAUGCCUCUUUUAAUGUCUGUUGCUAUACAAAGGGAAAAAAACCCAAAAUGUACAUUCUAGCCAUUCCUAUUUCUUCACUCUAAACUUAUUAGUUGUUUUGUUUUUUUCUUAGGCAGAAGGUCCUUUUGAAGAAACAAACUGUGCCUUUCACUGAGGUUAUAAUAAAGUAAAUCUUAAUAGAUGCGUUCCUUUUUCGGUUCGUGAAUGCCUUCCUUUCUCCCUUUUGCCCCUUUAUAUCUCUUCCAUUAUAUUUUCCUUUCUAUUUGGGAGAUACAAGGAUUUCCUUUCCUGUAGAUGCAUAUUGAUCUGGCAGACGAGUUUACUGAUGCAGAUUGCUGACCAAUCUUCUAUCUUUGGGACACUGCAUUUUGCGUCUGCUAUCAUGCUGUGCUCAUUUAAAAGCCUCCAAUAUGUUUGAAAAACCAGCUUCAUACUUAACAUCGCAAAAUCUAUACAUCCUUCUAAAUCAAUAUUAUUAACACUAAACAUUAUACACGGCUCCACGCAGUAUCCUGUUUUUUAGCUCCCUUGCCCAUUGUUUUAAUCAAACCAAACCAAAUGAAAUUGGAAGGAAGUGCUUACUUUGGAUUCUUUACAUGAUGCAUGUUGGAAGAGAAAAUUAUUGUUUGAGUAACCUCUAAAGACAACAGGCAAAAUUGUGAACCUGACCAAAAUAAAGCAACAUUGGGAGAAUUUGUUUUAGGAACAGCAACAACGUUGAAUGUUACAUUGCUCAUCAAUUGCAGAAAGCACCAGGACAUUGUGUUUCCAUCCCAACUGUUAGCCAGCUGCAGCUAGUGGGGUAGAAUGUUUUACCUAGCGAGAGAAGAAUAGUUUUGUUUACCCGCUCGUCCUUCCAUAGGUGAGAGGCAAGAUAUAACAUUCUCUCAGCUCUCUGCCAAUGGAGGUUUCCUGGCAAAUGGAAUCACUCAGCCUUUGUCCAGUGUGCUCAGACCCCAUUCGCUCAUUUUUAACAAACUACCCUUACGCUGGGUGGGAAGCAACUGCAUUCAUACUUCCUAUGUGAAUAAGGCCAUUCUUUUUUAUAUAUAUAUACUGCUGCAUUCUUUUCAGUAUGGAAUGGCUACCCUUAUAUGUCUCAUUACAAAAGAAACUGAUCCUGGGGCUUAAGCUUCCAGGAUAUUUGGGUGUGCCAUGAAUGAGAAGAUUGCCUUUUGUGAGGAAGUCGAUACAGCAAACAUAUAGCAAUGAUUUGAGCAUUUAAAAUGGAUCCUGUAAGAAGGUGUCUCUUACCCUUUUCAGUUGGUUAAAACUAUGGAUUCCAUUCCUACAGUGUGUAAAAACAAAACAUACUCUCAGCUAGGAUUUCCAGAUUCCAUAUUGUGCAGCUCUCUUGUGCCUUUUUUUAAAAAAACAAAACAAAAACAAAGGAUAAUUAGUAGUAGUUGCAGCUUCUCCCACCAUUAAAGCUCUAGGUGACAAACUCUCUUUUGUGCAACUGGUAACUAAUUAAAGGCAUAGUAGCUCAGCUUCAUAGCUUGCUCAAAAAUUGUGUGAAUUGUUUCAGGUAGGCAUCAAUUAUUUGUAUCGGCUGCAGUGGCUUACAAAAUGAUGCUUAUGCCUGAAUAGGUCAAUACAAUUUUGCAUUAGAUGAAGCUUCUUUUUUCCAACUAUAAUAACAAUUCCAACAGUCAAAGCAAGGGAUAAUCUUCUGCUAUCCAAAUUAUCAAUGCUAAUUCAAAACGUAGUAUCAUGACCUUUGUAUGAGUUUAUAAUACAGAAAUGCUCAUAUAUGUCUGGCAUGCUCCUCUCCCCAAAAAUAUUUAGAUCAUUAGAGAUAGUAGUCAAAAGUUUGCUGACUGAGCUGAUCAAUGGAAUGUGAAGGCAGUUUGAGGCUAUUUACUUUUGCACAAAAUAUUUUUCUAUUAGUCAAUUUGUAUUCUAUUCAAAUGCAGAUAGAUGGAUAAAAUGGGUUUUCUUGUGCAUUUCAAACCCAUCAAGGAGAAAAUAAAACCUCCCAGUAAAACACAUAGGCAAAGCACCAUCUGGGAAAGCUAGAUCAUCUGUCCAGGGGCUAUGCUCUGUAAAAUAGUACAAGGUCAUUUUAUAUGGGCUGGCAUAAUACUUUGCUAGGCAAUUUUCAAAAGGAGAUAAUCUAGUGUAAAAACCCCAAUUAAUUCCAACAGAUGUUGGUAGAUGGUAAUGUGUUUACAUGUCAAAAGCUGCAAACAAAGGUUUCUACUGCCGGAAAAUGUGUAUAACUUUCAGUAGAUAAGCAUUUAUAAGUACCAUUGUAUGUGCUUCAUUCUAAUCAACACAGCACUCAUUCUAUGAAACUGAGAGAUUUUCUUUAUAAAAAUGAGAUCUCAGAAAUAACAGGUUACAGUUGAUUUAAAUUUUGCUUACACCAAAAAUCUUGUAGUGUAAGUCCAUCAGUUCAAUGGAAUUAUUCCUGGUGCCCAUUUGAGAAUUUACUAUCUUACCUCUAAAAGGCAUAUUCCUUGUAUCUUUGCUUUCUUCCUUAGGAAGCCAUGGCCUACUGAGAACAUCUCAUGCACAGGUUCAGUUGGCAUACAUGUGAAUUACCCAAAAGUACGCUUAUGCAUCUGUCAUUCAUUUCACUUGAACAUAUAUGAACAAAAGGUUGAUAGAUUGUGUAUCAGACAGAUCAACAUGGCCUGUGCAAGAGUAACUCCUUUUCAUCCUGUAUAUGUGCGAGUGUUUUAUUUUUUUUAAAGAGUGCGUUUUUUUUGUUUUCUCUUUCUAAGAAAAGACGAAACCUUUGUGUUUUCUGAGCAGAUUGAUAAGUGAAGCACAUUAGUAAACACAGAAUUAGAAAUAUUCCUUGACCAAAACAAAAACAACAACAAAAGAGAGAGAGAGAGAGAGAGAGAGAGAGAUGUACUGGGGACUAGUCAAUACAUGAACUGAAUCUCCCACUCGCAAAGACCUUUGGUUGACAUUUGAUUUUCAACCUGCCAGAUACAUUUUUGUGAACCAGGGAUACUGCAUCUUUAAUGAACAAGUCUCUACUCUUUCCCCUGUUUUUUAAAUACAACACAAGAAGUAUAACACUAGGCACUGCAAUUGUCAAAGACAAUUAGACUGAAAGCAGGAAAAUUUCACCUCCCGGUCUCGGUGAUAUGUAGAAUGUCGGCAGUGUGGGUCAGCCUUGCUACAGAGUUGUGUGAGAAUAUAUGAAUCAGUCCUAUAGAAUGUUAAAUAUAUAUAAAACUGUUCUGUUCUACACAAAGAUGGGGAAGAUAGUCAUUCCUUCUUGUUGCUUACAAUACACAAAGACUCCAAAGUUUAUUUUUACAUCUAAACUUUGUGUGUGCAUGUUUCUGGGUUUUUUCCUGUUGUUCUUGUGGUUUAUAUGCAGUCGAUAGGUUUCUGCCUCCCCUUUUUUCUUUAUUUCAGAUUUCUCUCUCUCUCUCUCUCUUUCCCCCCCCUCUCAUUUGUGUUUCCCUACCACCACAUUGGGUGUGUAUCCAGACAUUGUUCUUUAAAACCAUUUCUACCUCAUUGCUACAUAUUGUACAUGUAGUAUUUAUUUGUUGUCUUUUUUUGAAUGUCAUGCAUUUCGUAAGAAAGACUUGUCCUUGAACUUGAACAGUCUACCUCAGAAAGACUGUCUCUACACUGAACAGUAUUAACAAGCGAAACGAUAAGACGCAUUAGCAAAGUGUGGCAGGGUAGAUAAUGCAUGAGGACUUGGGAUACUGAUGGACUUUUAAUUGUACUCUUGUAACACAAGAUUGCUUAAAGGAACUUAAAGGAAAUUAUGCACUGUGCAGAUCGUUAUCAAGGUCCCACUUUUUUGGCAUGUUAUAGGAAAAUGCAGUUUUAUUAUGAUGAACCCCGAUUUGAGAGG